AUGGGUGCUGCCGCGGCCAAUCGCUCAGAUCCAGACGAUCUCUAUCAAGAUGAUGUCUUUCCGUGGUUUCAUUUGAUCCAGUGGAGCGCCGAGAGUGCAACCUCCAACCGCGUCUUCCGCUAUGACAUACCGGGCGUACAGGAAGCCGCACGGGGUCUGACGAAAACUGAAGACGCCUUCCUGGAAGCUUGUCCAAACGAGCUGCCCCAGGACUCCGGCUUCAGCAUGGACGAUAACACAAACUUUGCCGAGUGGGCCGGGGCUCUCCUGGACUGGAACCCUGAGUUGAGGUUUGUGCGCUUUCGCCUGGUUCCUCGACGCCUCACAGAAGACGCCUUCUGGAGUCGGUACUUUGCCACCCUUCGACAGUCUAUUCAAGAUCUCUUGUUCCGGACUUCCUCGGACGAGGACCUGGAGACAUCGGACAAAGCUCUGAGGCACUCGGAGGUACCUCCCUCUCCGGGCAUCGUUGCUGAGCCACCGGCCCCAAGCGACUGA